CUGAAGAAAGAAGGAAGGCAGAAGAAGUAGCCUGCAUGUCGGCAGGGUAUUAUCCGUAUGAACUGAAAGGGAUCUGGAUUGAACCCCCUGAGUGUUUGCUGAUUUGCAAGUAUAUUUUAAAAGUUGCAGAUAUUUUUUGUCCGUCCUGUUCUCAAGCCUGUUUAUUUCGGAACAACUUCUCUGGUUUGGUGGAUCUAGCGCAAUUAGCUUAAAACCAAGAAUAUACGGGAAACGGUGAAAUGAGCACAUUUAAGAUGCAAUAAGUUUAUUUUUUAUUACGAUUUGCGGAAUGAAAGAAAACUGCAUAGGGUGUUUUAUUAGGACGCACGAGUAAAAAUGAUCAGUUCUGUUAUAAUCUGCGCUGUCAGUCUGUUUGUUUGACGGGAGGCAGGAAACGUAACUUACAGCAGCCUGCAAGCGCAGGAAACGAACUUCUGGACAUUUGUUCUACAAUAAAUAGAAAUGACCUGUAUACUACAUGGCAGAUUUGGUGGAUGGAGCGCGUCCUUGAGAGUGACAGUUCGGAUUAUUGUCCGCUUCCACAAUUUUUGAUGCGGCCGAUGUGUGUUUAUUGCCUCGGCUCAGUCUAUUUUUUCUUUUGCUGCACCAAGAAACAAAGGACUUAAAUUUCCAAGCUUAAUUAAACAGCAGACAUCGCGUAAGCAGUUGUCCUUGUCAAGGUUGGAUUGAUCUGCUUGCUCUGCGAAGCGCCUACAUAAGACCAUGAUGUCGCCGGUGAAAUGCUGGACUGUGCUGAUGAUCAGAUGGAGCUCGGUUCUCUCCUUCCUGAUUUUACUGAGCAGCAGGACUCAUGCUGGGCAAGACCAGUCCUUCAAUCCUGAGACAUGGUUACGGAUGUACGGGUACUUACCCCAGGCCAGCCGGCAGAUGUCCACCAUGCGCUCGGGGCAGAUCCUGUCCAACGCCAUCAGGGAGAUGCAGCGCUUCUACGGCCUGAGCAUCACCGGCGAGAUGGAUCCAGUCACUCAGACGGCCAUGAAGAAACCCCGCUGUGGAGUCCCAGACAAGUUUGGGGGUCAGAUCAAAACCAAUGUUCGGCGGAAGCGCUAUGCGCUCACCGGCCACAAGUGGACCAAAGACCUGCUAACGUUCAGCAUACAAAACUACACACCGAAAGUGGGGGAGUCCAACUCAUAUGAGGCUAUCCGCAAAGCCUUCAGGGUGUGGGAGAAAGUGACACCCCUGCGAUUUGAGGAGAUUCCCUACCAUGAGAUCAAAUAUGGCCGACGCAAGGAGCCUGAUAUUCUGAUCUUUUUCGCCUCUGGUUUCCAUGGUGACAGCUCACCUUUCGACGGUGAGGGAGGUUUUCUAGCUCAUGCCUACUUCCCGGGUCCCGGCAUGGGUGGAGACACACAUUUUGACUCAGAUGAGCCUUGGACAGUUACCAAUGAGGACCAUUCCGGCAACGACCUCUUCUUGGUGGCUGUGCAUGAAUUGGGCCAUGCGCUGGGCUUGGAGCACUCCAACAACCCUCAGGCCAUCAUGGCUCCCUUCUAUCAGUGGAUGGAGACGGAGAACUUCGAGCUGCCUGAGGAUGACCUACGUGGGAUACAGCAGAUCUACGGACCACCAGACAGCACCCCUACCCAGACCUUGCCACCCAUCACGCCUCGCAGGCCUGCCCAGCCAGAGCCCAGGCCUCCCAACCCACCAAAGACCCCACCUGGCCCCCCCCCUCGCCGGCCAGACAAGCCACACACCACAGACCGCCCAGACCACUACGGACCCAACAUCUGCGAGGGAAACUUUGACACUGUCACUAUGCUCAGAGGAGAGAUGUUUGUUUUCAAGGGUCGUUGGUUCUGGAGGGUGAGGCGUAACCGAGUUUUGGACAACUACCCCAUGCCCAUCGGCCAUUUCUGGCGGGGGCUGCCUGGUGACAUCAAUGCUGCCUACGAGCGACACGACGGGAAGUUCGUCUUUUUCAAAGGAAGUAAAUAUUGGCUGUUUAGGGAGGCAAAUCUGGAGCCUGGCUACCCUCAGGAGCUUACAGAAUACGGCCAGGGCAUCCCGUACGACGGCAUCCAAACUGCCAUCUGGUGGGAGCCUUCAGGGUUCACAUACUUCUUUAAGGAAGACAGGUACUGGCGAUUUAACGAGCAGUCCCGCUCUGUGGAUGUGGACUACCCCAAGCCAAUCAGCGUGUGGGGCGGAAUUCCACCCUCUCCCAAAGGAGCUUUCCUCAGUGAUGAUGGUGCUUAUACAUAUUUUUACAAAGGGACCAAGUACUGGAAGUUUGACAAUCAUCGAAUGGCGUGUGAGCCGGGAUACCCAAAAUCCAUCCUCAGGGACUUCAUGGGCUGCACUGUGGACCUGGAUCCAGACAAGGACACCGACACAGAAGCGAACCCCAGGUGGCCCGAUGUGGAUCAACCACCGUUCAACCCAGACGCGGGCCGUGACCGCACCAAUGACAUAGACUACAAAGACGAGGACAAUGAGGUGGACGUGAUCCUCAAGAUCGACGAGAACGAAACUCGCACCAUGAACAUCAUCAUGGUGACUGUGCCCCUGGUCCUAGUGCUGUGCAUUCUGGGAUUGAUCUAUGCCAUCAUCAACAUGCUGCAGAGAAAAGGGACUCCCAAGAUGCUUGUCCACUGCAAACGGUCCCUGCAGGACUGGGUUUGACCAAUCAGCCUUUGACUGGAGCCCACCUCCUCCAUUACUAUCAUCGUGUGCACAUCCACAAAGUAACACAUGCAGACACACACAUACACAUGUAAACACACAUACACCCACUUUACCUGGUGCUCAGCCCAAUCUGUUAACUGUAGUCUAUUUAUAUCGAAAAGAUUGCACAUUAUUUUUGUCCUUUUUUCUACGUUUUUGUCUGAAUUUAUUGUUUUGUUGUGUUUUUGGAAUUCGUGUCUACAGUAUCUUACUUUCUCUGCCUCGUUCAAAGGAUUUAUUUCAUGACUUGUGUACAAACACAAUCUACCAAAAGACUGGAGCCUGCCUGAGAAUAUCAUCUUCAAAAAUUUGUGCAGAAGGUGCAGGUCUGUGCAGCGGCAGGCUAACAUUAUCUUAGGACAGCGGAGUGUUUUGUCGUCAUUCUACUCACCAACCCACUGCAGUUCUGAUCCUCUGUCGAUGAAGGCCUUACGUAGAUGUGUACUUAAAAGCCACCGUCGUAUUGUCGCAUAGCAGUGCUGCAGAUCUCUGGCAGAUUGACUGGACAUCAUUCGCAGUUUUUUGAGCGGGUUUGGUGAUUGCUGGGUUUGGUACAAAGGCAGAUUCACAGUCACCCUCUUAAAUGUUAAUACCAUGCAUUUCUGGAGUAUGUAUCUAUAUAACCACCAAGAUCCCAAAUGGAACAGACUAAACAGUAUUCAUCACAGAUGGAAACGCGAGCUUCCAAGGCUUGUACAAGUUUGAUAAUGUUUAUAGAGCUCAGAAUUCAGUGAUAUUUAUAAAGUCAUGGUCAUUCUUCAUUUUCUCAAUGCUAUAAUAUUCAAGAAGUUGUUGAGUCCAUUGUGCUGCAGAUCCAGGACAGACCGUGGAACUCAGCACCUUCAGUCCUUUGGAUGCCAGCACCUGUGACUCAGUGUCAGUGGUUUAAAGUCCCCUGUGGACCUGCAGCGCCCCCAUGUUGACGCCCGAAGAAUCCUUUGAAGCCCUUUUGUUGUAUUAGACAUAACAAAGUCAGCACAGAUGGUGCUCCUGCUUAAUGGCACAUCAUGGAUCAUUAAAAAUAAGUCCGUGGAGUAAUAAAUGCAUAAAUAUAAACAGGAAUAGGAACUUUUGGGGGGAAAUGAUUCAGAAAAUAGAGCUGGGGAAAGCGAACUGACUUAUUUCAAAAUCCAGUCUCUGAGAGGGGAAUUAUUGCGAAGUUCUUCGAUGUUAGCCACACAAGGUGCAUUUUGGCCAGACCCCCCCAUUGGCCAUUUGUCAGUAAGACCUGCCUAAUUCAGCCAUGAGCCUUGGUGAAGGUCGGUUUCUCCCACGUAAUCUGCAUCUGUGUAAUGCAAACCAGACUGGGCUCAAAAAUACCAAGCAGCAAAGGCUUCGCAAACACUCGGCAGAUAGGACUGCCUAACGUGGCUCCCUUUGAACCCCCGCAGACGGCCUUCUCUGCGAGCCCCGCUCCGGGUCGCCCUCUUAUAAUCACAGCGCCUCUGCGCUGCACGCCGAUACCGCCAGCUCGUGUCUCUACACACCUGUUGGCUUUCAAUGACUGCUAAUCUGCUCUUUCUUAAAAGGAAAAAGGGCCAGAGAGAUUACCCUCCGCGAUAAAGCAGGUCAAGCAGCAAAUAUGCUCCAAGUUAAAGAUUAGCCUUUUUAGUUGCCCUAAAUGAGUCCAUUGCGACUGAAUGGAGCCCAUACAGCUUCCAGAUCCAAUGUUACCAAUUUACUGUGUGGGGCUUGAAACUUAAGGCUUGUAACUCUUGCUGAGAUAGAGGGCUCUGCAACCCCGGCGCUGUAGUCAGUGAUGAAUCCUGUUCAGUAUGGUUGCUUUGCAGCCCCCUCGCCCCCAUUCCCGCCAUACACCCCAGUGUCCCUGGGAGGUUCGCAGAAGACUUAAUCAGAGAUAAAAGCCCAUGCACUGUCUGCCGGGGCUGAAUGGAGCACUUAAAGGUGCAGGUCAGUGAGAGUCUCUGAGUGGUCUCCUUCACUGCUUACUCGCACGCUGAAGGACUCAAGCUGCCUUUGACAGGAAGGGGGGGGGUGUCAAUUUACAGAACAGCUGUAUGUUUCUCUCCAGUCUCCCAACCCCCCAUGCAAUAAAGAAUUGGCUUAGAGCCACCCAUCUUCCGACCACUUAUCCUGGUCAGCGGGACCUGGAGCCUGUCCCAGGGAGAAUAGGGGAGCAGGCCAGGGUACUUACUGGGCAGCAUGCCACUCCAUCACAGGGCAAACACAAACACACACACACACCCCAGGCUCCUUCCACCUAUAUUGCUUUUGUGUCCUACCCAGCCUUCCCAGUACCAUAAACAGAAAGCUAUGCCAACGGAACUACACCUUGUGUAGAUUUGAUUUUGAAGUGGAGAGAAAGAUGAAUACUUCCAUUACCUCGUUUAGAUCCUGCUGGACGGCCUCCAUUUCUUUGGGUAAAGGAGAGUUCAGGCAAAGUCGAUUGAGCGAAGAGCCAAGCAGCGCCAAGCUGACGUGCCAGUGUCUGGCCGCCGUGUGCCAGGCUGUUCUUGCCACUGUCCUUCCCCUUGUCCUCUCCAGUGGUACUCUACAUUUCCGGUACUCUGUAUACAUAUACAUUCACAGAUGACAAGAUGAGUUCCAUCGUUCCCCAAGUAUAUCUCUCUCUGCCAUCUCUCUUAACCACUAGAUCUCACUUCAGGGUAUCAGAUAUUGUUUUAUAUUUUAAGAACAAAAGACAGCAGGAUUGUCAUGUUUCAUGUUGCUUUCUAGACAUUUUUGCCCUUAUCGUGCGGCCGAUAAAUUACAGAUAGGAAACUGAAAAUAUGUUUUCCCCUUUCAGAUGUACUUAUCGGCACAGGGCAAAUGCACGUGCUCUGUAGUGACCAGUGGUGCGGGAGAGUUGCUCUCCAUCAUGCUGUUAGAUGUCAGUAACAGCAAAAUGUUUUCAAAGCAGCUUUGUAUCCCAGGAUUAAGACCAUGUGAGCCUCAGAGGGGAUCCCAGAUAUCACCUUACAAUCCACAAAUGAGUUCAGUCUAUAGCAACCACAUGGUCUUCAUUAUAAUCGAAAAUGUCAUCGGUCAAGUAAUUUGUCACAUUCCUAUUGACAAUAUUUUUUAUCUUAAUUGUUUAAAUUGUAAAUAGUACUUGUGUUUAAGAAACAUAUAAUGGGUAUGCAGGUUUUUAUUUUUUUUUAUUUUAAUGUUAAUUUUUACUUCGUGAGUAACAUUCCGUUUUUCCGCUGCAGUCACAGAAAAUUUGAUACUAUUGAUUUGCGUGUCGUUCACUGUUACAUUGUGUUUAAUGAUCCAUGCUGGACAUGUGUAGCUCUUACACAAUAAAAAUGUUAUAAAAACCAAA